CCAAAAAUUUUCAGAAAUCGGUUUUGAGAACCACCGGAAUCCACCGGAUGUGCCAGGAUCCUGUAACUGAAUGCCUUUCGGGAUGAAAUACAGAGGCCGCGUAGCCUAUCGAGUUUUCCACCACUACUCUUUUUCUUCCUACUCGUCAUUAUGGACAGCCAUUUCUCUACUCUCUCUCAUACUCAUUCCACAACACGUGGUGAAACUAAUCAGUUUCGUUUUGCCGAGAUCAAUGGAAUCGCGGAAACUGGCGAGAUGGUGUUGUUGAACAACACGGACGUAGACGUUGACCAACAUCCACAAGGACUGCAUGAGGAACCAUCGCGUACCCCAACAGAGGAGGAUUCAGCAGAGCAGGCUCGCUUGCUUGUGCUUGAAGCACGAUGCGCCGAGCUCAUGGCUGAACAUGAAGCAAGAAAGGUGGCUCUAGCAAACGAGCUUGGAUUUUCUCUGCGCGAGGUGGAGAAGAGGUGUGAGAACAAUCUUGCACCGCUUGUCGUCACCACCAAGGCGAUAAGCUCAUGGAACCUUUUCGUUUCGAUGCGUAAGCAAGAGGAGGAUCGGCUCCGUCAAGAUGGAGUUACUGAAGAAGAAACGAUCCAGCAGCGCAACGUACGCUACGGCGCUGAGUAUCAAGCGCGCAGGGAUGAACGUCCCAUGUUCCAACAAUUAGCAACGGAGCAUAAUCUUGAAGCAGGCUUUGAAGGCUACAUAGCGCCAAAAGCUAUGACUCAAAAAAGCCAGCAGCUUCGGCUAAACUACGCCGAAGAAGCUCAUAAAGCUAUCAACAGGCAGCUGAGCUAUAUCCAGAAAGUAACUGGUAUUGAAGGUUUUGUCUGUUUUGGAUAUCCAAAGGUUCUAGGCAAUCAAGCCCGCCGUUUGGAUACGGGGAGAUCGAUUGGCACAGAACUGGGAGUGGAAUUCUGGGACCUUUGCCAAGUUUUGAAUGAAGGUCCCAAGUACGCAGGGCUUCAGGAAAACUACUGUGAUCGCAUCAAUAAUGUACUUACUAUGAGUAAGCAGACUAUCUUCAGUACAUAUAUAAUCGUGCAAGUGACAAUGGGGACGAAAGAGUUCGCCAAGAUUGUGGUCCUACCAAGAAACGACGACGUAAUAAAGAUAAAAAUGAUUCCAAGCAUAUUAUUAGAUGCAGUGGCUCCAGAGUUUGGUAAAAUCACCACCAGCGUCCCAUGGAAUGCUCUGCGGAAGGGCGAGGAUCGUUAUGUCGAACUGGUACUACCACUUCCUGAUGGAGUCGAGUUCAAAGAACCAACCAAGGAGUUGAAACGCGAUCAAAAGCAUGCUUUGGCAAAAGCUUUAGAAACUGGAAGCAUUAGAUUAGUAUCGAAAUAAUCUAAACACUUAUCGAACCUUUCAUACUACUAGUUGCUGUACGAUAUAUGGGAGACACGUUGGAAACGACCCAAAAGGAUCGCUGAUU